AUGACUCGAAGAAAUUUUGAUCAAUCAAAUUGCGACAAUUCGGAACACGAAUCAGCCUCGUAUUGCACAUACAGCACUUGCAGUAGUGCAUACAGCGAUGGACAAUGCCCCAAUUCUACCAAAGUUCCAAGGUCCUGCCUCGACACUGAUGUACACGGCAACAACGUAUUGAGAGGCUUUCCCAGCAUCUUUCCAGAUAUUAUCGAAUCAGAUUGUACCGACUCAAAUUGGGGCAAUCCUCAAAUUUUUCCCAAUGAGGAAUGGCUCCACAAUGCCCCAAACCUCCCCUUUCCCUCAGCCGAUGGCAAAUUUUGGGUGCCUAAUUUGACGUGCGAUCCCAAAAUCGAAAGUUCGUUUGGUCCAAUGAUUUACGAUUCUCAAAUAUUUGAGAAUUUUGAUUUUGAUGAUUCUUGGUUGAUUGACGGCAUCUCUUCACAAUGGCUUCCUUGUACUGAACAAUUUCAAUCUGGUAAACCGAGUCACGAGAAGCUGUUAAACAUCUCAACAGGCCCUGGAAUAUCGGCUCAAGGUAGCGAAUAUGCUGAUCUUUUGGAGUCUAAUUUCUGCGGGCCGGCUCAGUGUGAUUGGGCUGGAUGUACUUCAAAGGCAACAUUUUCCACCCCAAAAGCUUUCAACAAACAUCUAAAGAAUAUACACUUGAGACCCUUGGUCUGUGACGCUGAGGGUUGUGGCUAUCAGAAACCAUUUAGAAAUAAGUAUGACUUGGAACGACACCGACAAACUGCACAUGUUCGUGCACGUAACCACGAGUGUCCAUUUGUGCACUGUGGAGACAUAGGGUUCGCCCGCAAAGACAAACUAUGGGUUCAUAUCCGGGAAUGUCAUGAUAAACCAUCUACUGUCAGUACGUGUCCUGUCAGUCACUGCGGGAAAGAAGUUGAGACACCUGUCUCCGAGCACAUACAGAAAGAACACGGAAGUUUUGAAUGCGGGUUGAGCACGUGUGGAACAAAGCAAAGUCGCUUCACGGACAUUCAGCUCGAGGGUCAUUUGAAAAAUGCGCAUGGAUUGAACUCUGGUGAAGCUUCGAAAGCUGUUGGUGCGUCCAAGAAAACUUCAGAUAAAACGAUACGAAGAAGGGAUUUCUACACAAAAUCAGAGAUAAGAGAAUGUGCUAUCUGCAGUCCCUGA